AGGUGGAGACUUUCCACAGUUCACUGUUUGUGCCUUUCUUGUUAAUAGAGCAUGUGGUUUGGGAAAGCUGCAGAAGUGUUCGCACUGCGUCAAGAGACACUGGGGUUUGUGUGGUGGCCAAGGGGCUCUGAGAGGGCUGAGUGUGGUGUAAGCUGGGCCCCAGCACCUCAGAGACCUCAGAGUCAGAGGCUUUGUGAUUUAAGUCAUCAGUCUGUCAAGAGGGACAUGCCACAGGUUGUUGGGAAGGUCUCAGAGUUGUUUCUUGACCAUUUAGACCUGGCACUUCAAGGAAAAAUGCAGGAAGAGACUAGCUUUUGUUGCUGAGUUUGGGGUUUGUGUAAAGCAAAUACCAGAACAGGCAUGAGGUAUUGAUCAGCACCUGCGUGGGGCAGAGCCUGGAGGAGACUGCAGCGUGUGACUGCGCUGUGAGAGCAGCGGGCAAAGGAGUGCACAGAGGCAAAUUUGGGUUGAACUCGUGACGAGUGAGUUUAGCUCUAAUGUGUUUGUGUUCCUGAAUUUUACAUCUCUCGCAUACUUUUGAGGCAGAGUUUGUGUGUGUGGUUUUAUGUGCUGGAAGCAGUGUCUGGAUGACGGUGCGUGUGACGUGAGGAGCAGCGUGCCUGGUGCAGGGGAGCCGGGGAUUUGCUUGGGCUGCUGUGCAGCAGAAAGCACUGGGCACUGUCCCUGGCUCAGCGCUGCUGCUGGUCCCAGCCCUCAGAACUUCUCUGCACCCCUUGCAGAUUCGUACUGUGAGACGCUGCCUGUGGACGGCCCUCCCUCUUUCCGGGGACAAUCGGUGAAGUACGUGUACAAGCUGACCAUCGGCUGCCAGCGCGUCAACUCCCCCAUCAAGCUCCUGCGUGUGCCCUUCCGUGUCCUCGUGCUGCACGGGCUCAAGGAUUACCAGUUCCCACAGGAUGAGGCUGUUGCACCCUCAAACCCCUUCCUGGAGGAGGAGGAGGGCUUGAAGAAAGACUCUCGCCUGGCAGACCUGGCUACAGAACUGCUCAUGGUGGCCACCUCCCGACGGAGCCUGCACCUGUAUAACAUCAGCAACACUCGUGGGAAGGUGGGAACGUUCUGCAUCUUUAAGACUGUGUAUAAGAUCGGAGAGGAUGUCAUUGGGACCUUCAACUUCUCUGAAGGAGACAUCCCAUGUCUGCAGUUCUCGGUGAGCCUGCAGACGGAGGAGAGCAUCCAGGAGGAGUUCCAGCGUCGUCGGGGGCAGCCCGUCUCCUUCACCACGCACGCCCGCCAUCAGGAGUCCUGCCUGCACACAGCCCAGAGCAGCUUCAGCCUGCCCAUCCCGCUCAGCUCGACCCCGGGCUUCACCACCAACAUCGUGUCCCUGAAGUGGAGGCUGCACUUCGAGUUUGUGACCUCUGGGGAGUCAGCGGGGACUUGCUUGGUUCGUGGGAGCCAGUCAGAGGCUGUCACCUGGACUGGGGUAGAGCAGAUGGAAGUGGACACUUUCAGCUGGGACUUGCCCAUCAAAGUUCUUCCCACCAAUCCCAUCCUGGCUUCCUAUGUAUCUCAGUUCUCCAGCACUAACUCCAUCACCAUCUGAAGUAGGGAGAGCUGGUGGGCCUGCAGUGCUGCAGGCAUGUGCCACCGGUGGGAAUGGCAGGCAGGACUGUCACCAGCAUGCCAUGGGGCAUGCAUCCCUGUGUCCCCUUAACUUCAGCUGUGAUACCUGGGUGGGCACUGGUCAAGUCUGUCCCAUCCAUGGGUGGAGGAUCACGUGCUUGUUGUAGUGUCCUGUGCUUCAGCCCUCGGCUGAGAGCUGGACCCUUCCUGCCUGGGUGAAGGUGUGAGUCCCAGCACUCACCAAAAAAAAUCUGGCCCCCAGGGAACCACUGACGUGCCUUUACCCCAUGUGGGGCUUCCCAGAGGGAAAGGCCCAGCCCUGAGAAGGGAGAGGGAAGGUUUUCCCGUGAGGCUUUGUACCACCCUUGGGUUAAAGCCAUGCCCCUACAGAGAGACCUUACAAGCAGAAGUCUGGCAUCCAGGUGAGGCACACUGGCCACCUGGGCUGGAUGGGAGCCCACUCCCCUGUCCUGUCACACGUUCUACCUCUCAGAGAGGUGUCCCACACGCACAGCCCAGUGCCGUCCUCACCUGGAGGAGGCAGGUCCUGGCACGCCAGCCCUGCGCUGCCAACAGGUGCUGGUGACCUGGGUGCAGCCCCUGCUGUGGCUGCACAAUAGUGGUGAUCCAAAACUGAGCAGCACUGAGCCCCUGGGCUGUUGUCUGCCUGCAUUCCUGGAUGUGAAGGCAUCCUGCUGGUCUCGGGAUCCUUGGGGAGCUGUAGGGAAUGCAGGCUGUACAUCCAGGAGCUGGGAUAGAGAUCCCCCUGCUCAACAGCGAGCUCCCCAUUUUUACCAAACCUUCCAAUGAACUUUUGUCUUUGCAUGGAAAUCUAAUAAACAUCUGAAUGUGCAAAA